AGGCAGAGGAGAGGACUUCGCAAACCGGUUAACGGAGAGGGACAGACUCGAACCGGAGAGCUUGCUGCAGUCUCACUCGGCUUUCUGAUCAGCAAAAUCAUCAUCACAAUGGAGCAGAAAACCACAGAUUUCUCAGGAAAAUGGAAAAUGAAGUCUUCGGAAAAUUUCGAGGAACUUUUGAAAGCGCUGGGUGUGAAUGUGUUCCUGAGGAAGAUUGCAGUGACAGCGGCCUCCAGCCCGGCAGUGGAAAUCACCCAGCAGGGAGAGUGCCUGUCCAUCAAGACCUCCACCAGUGUCCGUACUACCCAUGUCUCCUUCACUGUGGGUCAGUCCUUCAGUGAGGCCACAGUGGAUGGACGUCCCUGCACGAGUUUUCCGAAGUGGGAAACGGACAGCAAGAUCAGCUGUGAACAGACUUUACAGAAAGGCGAUGGACCCAAGACAGCAUGGACCCGAGAGCUGACCAACGAUGGAGAACUGAUACUGACAAUGACUGCUGGGGAUGUUGUCUGCACCAGAGUUUAUGAGAGGGAGUGAAGACUGUCAUAAAAUCCUCAUGUUUUGUGCCUCAUGCAUGGUUUACAUUUACUCGCCUUGUUUUCUUCUUCUUCGUCCUCCUCCCAGCCAGUCAGUCAGAUCUUACUCAAACAGUGCACUGUGUAGAAAAGGCUCACGUGUUGUAACAGUACUGUAGUUGCUUUUAAAACACCAAACUGAACUUAGCCUGCAUGUAUCAUAUUAGAAAUGUCACACAUUCCUUUUUUUAACACUGUAUUGCAGUGUCUACAUCCUUUUUCAAGAUGUUAAUAAACUGUUUUAUAUGAA